AUGCCCACUGUGACUCCGGCGGUGAUACUUCGCCGGACUUCGGCGUUCCUAGAAGAGGUACUCUCCCAGCCGGAUCUCCGGCGGUCGGCCCUCACCGCAUCCCGGCUCCGCCUCUCCUCGCCCAAUCCCACCACUCUCCAGGCCCUCGCCCUUCUCUCCCAGCAUCUAGACUCCGCCGCCGGCCCCCGGCACUCCGCCUCUCUCCGCACUGCUGAGAAGCUCCUCCUCACCCUACCCUCCAAGAACCCUCUCUCCUCCACCCUCCUCGCUCUCGUCCAUGCCGUCCGUCGCCGCCCACGCGAAGCUGGGCUCGCCCUCCUUGAUCUCUUCGAGAUCGAUCCCUUGCCAGCCCGAUAUGAGAUUGCUGCGGCUGUGUUCGAAGACCUCUUCAUCCCCCACCUCCUACCUGCCAUCCAAUGGUUCGCAGAUCAGCGAUCCCGCCUACUAGGGUCCCAAUCUCCCUCUGAUCUCGAUUUGAAGGAGCUUGAGAAGAGGUACGAGAGCAUCCUCGAUGAGAACACGAGGGCCUAUGCCAAGUAUCUGAAGGAGGUUAUCGAAUUGGAGGAUAGUGGGUGGGAAGAUCUGCCAGCGCCGCUGGUAGUCUUGAAGAAGGUUGGCAGCGGUGAUGGAGUCCUAGAAGAUGAUGCUGAGGAGGGGAAUGACGAUGGCGAAGAUGAUGAGAGGCAGAGGUUUGACUCAACAAGUGGGCGCUGUGAUCCAAUGUGGUCUGAAGAUAAUCAAUUGAAUGAAUUCCUUAGCAGACAAAGCACCAGAGUUGAAACCAAGAACUUAAAGACUUCAUCAGCAAAUUCUCGGAGAACCGUUCCUUCUUUGAUUGGCAGACAGGAAUCCACUGACAACCUAAAUUCUUGUGUAAAGCUGAUUUCUGGCUUCUCAUCUGAAUUCUCCUCUGAGGAUUCCAAUGAAUAUGAUUCUGGAAAGCCGGAAAAGAAGAACAUGAGAAUUUCAGCAUUUCCAUCCAUUGAAAAACAAUACCAGGAUUUAGAGCAAACAUCUUCAGAGACUACAUGUUAUCAAAUGUUUGAUUCAGAUAGCAUCCUUCCAACUGGUAAGAGCACUCCUCCUAAAGACUUUGUCUGCCCCAUAACUAGCAAUAUUUUCGAUGAUCCGGUAACCUUGGAGACUGGACAGACCUAUGAGCGCAAAGCUAUACAGGAAUGGCUGGAGCGUGGCAACUCUACAUGCCCAAUCACACGCCAAAAUCUUCAGAGUAAUCAGCUACCAAAGACCAAUUAUGUGCUUAGGAGACUCAUUGCUAGCUGGAGAGAACAGAACAAUGCUUAUUCAACGCCUAGCAGAUCUGAGCAUCCUUCUCCAAAGGAGGAUGCUUCGGAUGCCAGCCUUUUGAGGAACACUGCUUCACCAACUCGUGUCAUUAGCCAAGCAAACAUUGAUGGCACCACUAGUGAUCUGAGGAGCCUGAUAUCCAGUCUGUGCACAUCUGAGGUUCUGGCUGAGUCUGAGGUGGCUGUUCUCCAAAUUGAACAAUUGUGGAGGGAAGCUGGUCCAGAGCCUGAGGUGCUGCCAGUUCUCUCGAAACCAGCAGUUGUAAAUGGUUUUGUUGAGAUUUUGUUCAAUUCUCCGAAUAAUAAUGUGCUACGGUCCACUGUAUUCAUGCUUUCAGAGCUAGCGUCAAGGGACCAGCUUGUUGUGCAGACGCUCACCAGGGUUGAUUCAGAUGUGGAUUGCAUGAUUUCUCUGUUCAAGAAGGGACUCAUGGAGGCUGUGGUGUUGAUUUAUCUGUUGAGCCCUACGCCAGAGAGCCUUAUUGAAAUGGAUAUGGUUGAUGCUCUAAUGAUGGUUAUAAAGAGGAGAGAAUAUGAAACUAUUUUAAUGUGUCUAAAACCCAGGACUGCUUCCUUGUUUAUCUUAAACCAAAUGCUAAGAGUAGAAAACCAAAAGGAUGUGUCUGAGCUCGUUAGUGCUUUAAUUUCUGAAAGAGUAGUUGAGGGAGUGGUUCUGAGCUUGGAGGCUGAGCUGAUUGAUGAGAGAUUAGCUGCUGCUGAGAUCUUGCUAACAUGUAUGAAGGAGGAUGGUAGUUGCAGGAACAUUAUUGCUGAUACAGCUGAGUUUGAACCUCUUUUAGAGUCUUUCUCCACCGCAAAUGAUGACCAGCGCUUUCUUAUUGCUCAUUAUCUUGCUGAAUUAGUUAAGCUUAGCAGGAGAACGUUCAACGAGCAGCUUCUUCAUAUCAUAAAGGAUGGAGGUCCUUACAGCACAAUGCAUAUUCUGCUUGUCCACUUACAAACAGCUCUCCAAGAUCAAUCCCCCAUUGUUGCCAGUCUUCUCCUCCAGCUUGAUAUUUUGGUGGAGCCAAGAAAGAUGAGCAUUUAUCGUGAAGAGGCUGUGAAUGCUUUUAUUUCAUGUCUCAAAAGUAGAGACUUCCCCAAUGUUCAGCUUUUAGCUGCUGAAACAAUCUUGGCUCUCCAAGGGAGGUUUUCACCAUCUGGUAAGUCCCUUGCUCGAGCUUAUCUUCUGAAGCGGGCUGGAAUGAAUAAGAGCUACAGAGCUAUAAUGCGAGCAGAACAGAUGGGUCACGUACUUGGAAAUUCAGAUGAAAACUUGCAAGAAGAGAAGGCAGCCGAUGAAUGGGAAAGAAGAGUUGCUUUUGCUCUAGUCAGCCAUGAAUUUGGUUUGCUUUUUGAAGCUUUGGCUGAAGGCAUGAAGACUAAACAGCCAGAGUUAUUCUCAGCAUGUCUUGUGUGUGCAACAUGGCUUAUCCACAUGCUCUCUCUUCUUCCUGAUAUGGGGAUCCAAGGAGUAGCAAGGACCAGUUUGCUGAAAAGUUUUGUUUCAAUUCUCAAAUCUUCUAGAGAUGUUGAUGACAAGGCACUUGCCAUGCUCGCCCUGCGAAGCUUCAUGAAUGAUCCUGAUGGGCUGCACGACCUGACUUCCUAUAUUAAGUACAUUUUGAAGGCUCUGAGAGAGCUCAAAAAGUCCUCUGCUUUGGCUUAUGAAAUGUUGAAACUUCUCUCAGAUGGCCAAGAGACUAGUGCUGACAUUUGGAAUCACAAAGAGCUAGCUCAAGCAUUCUGCAGCUCAAAUGGAGAAGUGCUGUCCAUAAUCUGCAUCAAAAAUAGGAUAAUUUCUGGACAUUCAGAUGGAACUAUGAAGGUAUGGAAUGGUGCCGAGGGUGUUCUCCAGCUGAUCCAAGAAGCUCAUGAGCAUUCUAAAGCUGUCACCAGCUUAGUAGUAUCUGGAGAUAAAAUAUACAGUGGUUCUAUGGACAAAACCAUGAGGGUCUGGUCCAUUAGAAAAGGAGAAAUUCAAUGUUUAGAAAUUCAUGAUGUGAAAGAUCAGGUUCAAUCUAUGGUUGUUUCUAAUACCAUUUCUUGCUUCAUUCCACAGGGGGCUGGUGUCAAGGUGAUUUCUUUGAACGGAGGCUCCAAGGUACUUAACCAGAACAAGCAGGUUAAAAGUUUGGCUCUAGUACAGGGAAAACUCUAUUGUGGAUGCCAUGAUAAUACUAUACAGGAGAUUGAUUUGGCUACUGGAACAACGGGUACAAUUCAAGCAGGUAACAGAAAGUUACUGGGAAAGUCAAAUCCAAUCUAUACAAUGCAAAUUCAUGAUGGUUUGCUUUAUACAACCAACAGUCCUCUUGAAGGAGCAGCAGUGAAGAUAUGGGACACUUCAAAUUACAACUUAAUUGGAUCUCUGCCAUCAACAAUGGAAGUUCGAUCGAUGUUUAUAAGCACAGAAUUUAUAUAUUUAGGUUGUAAGAUGGGAAUUGUGGAAGUUUGGUCCAGAGAGAAACUUACUAAAAUCUCAACACUUCAAUGUGGAACAAAUAGUAAAAUCCUAUGCAUGGCUGUUGAUGCUGAUGGAGAGCUUUUGGUUGUUGGAACUUCAGAUGGCAGGAUUCAGGCUUGGGGAUUGACUUGAAAAGAAGGAUGAAUGAGUGUAACUAUAUGUAUUUUUUCAAGAUUAAAGAAUACAUUAAUUUGCUCUGAGGAUUCUUCAACAGCUUCAGGAAUAUGUACAUAUUUAUGUUUUUAUUUUAUUUUAUUGAUGACUGUGAUUUCUUGUAAAAUAAUUGAUUAAUGAA